AUGUCUAUAUUUAAAGUAAAGCAUUUGUGGUCUAACGAGAAAUUACAAAGCGAACACUAUGACGAAGGUAUUCAAAACAGCUACUGCAUUAAAGUGGAUAAAUUUAACUCGCACAGUGAUAGCGAUUGCAUUGUUGUUGGCGAAGGAUCUCAAUUAAAAAUUUAUAAGCCAAACACUGAAACACCUCAGUCGCAGGUUAUUUUAGAAUCUCAACAAAACGACGUGAUAUUACAAGUGGAGACUGGGAAAUUUGUUUUUGACUCCAGUGACCGGCAGAUAUUAGUGUUACACCCUCAAAGUUAUUCGAUAUUCUUUUUGGAGAAAAGAGAAGGUCAUGUGGAAGCAGGAGAUCAAAAUUAUUUGAAAAACUCUAUAAAACACUCUUUUACUAGAAAAUCGUAUAGCGUAAUUGUUGGUCCCUUUGGAAAUACUAAAAGCAGAGAUCUCAUUUGUAUACAAGCGUUGGACGGUACUUUGAGUUUCUUCGAUCAAGAUGCGUUUUUAUUCAUGUGUAUAUUUGAAGAUGUUAUUAUUCCGGGACCCGUACUCUACGUCAGUAGUACUGACUUCUUCGUUAUUAGUAAAUCCACGUGGGUGCUUGAAGUGUACAGUUAUCAACAGCUAGGAGAAUUCAGCGAGUUGAGUGCCCGCCAACAUAAGAAAAAUAUUCCCCAAUGGUCGUACAGUCCGGGAGAAGAAAUAUCGUCUCUUCAAGUUACAAGAACGAGCAGUAAUUUUUCCAGCAUCAUUGCUUUGGGUGAGCGUUACCUCUAUUGCUUCCAAGACAAUGGUUUGAUGAAGUAUAUUAUACGGUUCGAUUUUAUGCCAGUGUGUUUCCAUGCGUAUCUUAUCGGUUGGUACUAUGAGCCAAAUUCCCGACUUCUCGUUAUGGUCGCUUCAGAAGAUUCGAAACUGUAUAUUUACGAAGGUACAACUCUUUUAUGGUCCUGUGACUUGAUGCAUAAGACUAUUUCCUUAUCACGUUGUUUUAUAAAGAACUUAUCUGGCGGUCUUGUUACUUUAUCUAGGAAUGGUAUUGUCCAUGUUAGUUAUUUAGGGACAGAGCCAGAUUUAAACUCCACUGUUGCACCGAUGAACAUGCCUGCUGAAUCAGAAGAUAUUCAGGCUGAGUUACAGGAUAUAGAAGAAGAAUUAGACAAAAUGUUAGAGAAUGGUGAUUCACAAAAUUUUCCAACUGAAGAAAUUAUUAAUAUUAAAACAGAAGUUGGGAAGGCGUCAAAAUCUUUUAUAGACAAUAACUAUUCCGAAAGAAGUAUUAUAAAUUGCCCACUCGUUACAACUCUUACGUGUGAUGACCCUAAACAAAUUCAAAGCAUUCAGAUAACUUAUUCAUGUACCCAACCAUUUUCUGUUGUCGACAACACAAUAUAUUUAGAAGACAUUAAUGGUACAGAGAUAAUAGAAACUCGUAUAUUACUCACGGACGAAGUGGAUAUUUCUAACGCAACUAUAAAGAUGCUAUUCACUGUGAUAGAUUGUUCUGGAAAAAUAACAGUUCUAACAAGUAACGUUCUUGUGCCAAUUAAUUUUUACGCAUGUGUGGUCAAUAUUGACAAAGAAUAUCAAUGUAAAUUAUACUUUAGUAUGAAUCAAACUAAUUUAAGCCUAGAAACAAUAUUUAAAGAUCUUACAGACCCUUCAAGUACAGUAACUUUAUCAUAUAAAAACACUAGUAAAUUAGUAACUAUUAAACACAUGGAAGACCACUACAUAAUUGAAGCUGAUGAAUUUACGGAGAUAUUCCCAGUACUACAGUACUUUGUUGAAAAGUUAAAGGAACAUUAUUUAAACAUGAAUAUUGAUAGUUGUAAGGCACUUUUUAAAGCAAGCCCGGAAUUGAUUAAAAACAUGACGCACAAAUUUCUCAAAUGUAUUGAAGUUCACGCGAAAGAACGUGUUAUAUUGAAAAACUUGGAGGAGGAAUUAAAUGUUCUUCAAUCCCAGUUUACGUUGAUUCAAAAAAAGUUGCUGGUCCAAUAUGGUUCGCUACCCCCCGGUAACUGCGAUUCACUGGAAUUCCUUAUGAGAGAUACUCACAAGUCCAUUGUAACGAUUGCGAAACGCAUGUUGGAAAGCAAGGAUAAAGUCUCGCGGGCUAGCCUAGUAAUAAUCUGUAAUCGAUCUCUUUACUGUACUUUUACAUUUGAUUCUGUUAUACUGUCAUUGAAUUAUAAAAACUAUCAUAAAUAUUUCAGUGCAGCAUGUGAGCUCAGCUCCGUGGGCAAUCUUACGCUUUAUAUUAUGAAGUGUUCCAAUCCUGAAUACUCUAAUAUAAAAAUACUCGAAGAAACAUUAUCCUUCGAAACAUUUCAUGAAGAUAUUCAAGAAUGGGAAGAAGCCGUAACUCAAGCUUCAUCAUAUGUUCUCAACAACAUUCUCAAAAAAUCGGAUAAAGAUAAGGAAAAGCUAGCACCUGUUACCGAUCAAGAUAUUCUUUCACACGUUAAUUUAAAAAGAUUUAUCAAACAGACUAAAAUUAUAUUGGAGAAGAUAUUUCUAGAAGUAUUCGAUCAAUCUGAAAAUGAGAGGGGCAAAGAAAAAGUGACUCGAAUCGAAGAGAUUGUUGAAGUGAUAUAAUUGGAAACCCUCGGAAAUUACGAA